AUGAACACAUCGUAUUCAAGCAUCAAGGCGAACGAAGGGUUUUUUCCAAGUAUGGUUUACUGGUCCUUAAAGUCCAUAAUAUCCCUCGUGGCUGUUUUUGGAAAUGGUAUAGUUAUGUGGUUAAUCUGUACCAGGAAGCGAUUACAUUGCACAGCAAACUGGUAUGUUCUGUCACUUGCCACAGCUGAUUUCUGCACUGGUUUGAUCAUUACACCAUCGGAACUCAUUUGUCUUUGGAGACCAGCUAUGUGUAUUUGGCCCUUGGCCGUACGCGGCUCGUUUUACAACUAUCCAAUCAGCGUGUCGAUAUGCUGUCUUUGCGUGCUGACAUUGGACCGUUAUCUCUGUGUGUUAUAUCCAUUAAAAUACACCAGAUGCAUGACGUCUAAACUGGUAGUAGGUCUUAUAUCCUCGUCGUGGAUACUGCCGGGAAUUUUAAAUUUUGUCUGUCUUUUCUGGCUUGAUGCUCCAAUUAGCAUCCAGGACACCGCUGAUAAAGUUGUCACAAUCCUGCAGAUUUUCCUCGUGUCGUUCCUACCUUCGAUCUUCUUGGUUUAUGCGUACACUAAGAUAUUAUUUACUGCUAUAAAACAGAGAAGACGAUCAACGGAACACAUUUCUCAGCUGAGAUUUAAUCACAAGGGAGGUGACAGUGAACAUGUUAUAUCUCAAAGACGUCGCGAGCGUUCCUCGACAGUGAAAGUACUUGGUUUCGUUAUAACAUUUUUUGUGCUGUGUUGGAUUCCCUCUCUGUAUCGGGCCAUCUGCGGAAACUUCCUCCCAUGCACUGUGUCUUCAUCUGUCGUUCAAAUUUCCCGACUUCUCAUCUUACUCAACUCGGGAAUGAACUUCGCCGUUUAUGCGUUCUUGAAAAGGGACAUUCGAACAGAACUGUGUAAAACGUGCCGAAAGGAGGGAAAUCGAUCAAGGGAACGCUUCUGUUUGAUGGAGCGCUCAUCUAGAGCUUCCAGUAACGACUUAAACCGCAGCUCAGUGAAAGCAUCGCGAUAGAUUGAUCAGCGCCCUAAUUAAGCCGUGAAAAUACUGAAGAAUAUCAGUGAUAACAACAAUGUUGUAGUAGUUAACCUCAAAUACCAUGAUUGUGAUAACCAUUGCCGAGGUUCAAAAUCAAGAUCCAGAUCAGUCUACAUAAUUUCGGCUGAAAGAACUCCUUUCGUGUCAAUCACAGGUAAUCACAACGCUUGGAAAACCGGUUAACUCCUGUUAUCUCCGUAAAACUAAUUGAAAAGCCUUCUUGUUUGAUUUAUCUAAUUUAAAUAAGUGUCCUUGUGGAGUCGGAUAGUAUACUUUUAGCUUCUGCUUUUGUUCAUUGCACCUAUCCGGGUUACGCCUAUGACCAUUUUUACUGAAAUAAUUUUAGUAUAUUAGUAUUUAAUUGUAGUAUUGUACCACAUUGUCUUCGAAAAGCCCCCAUGGGGAAAGAUAAUAAAGGAUGUAUGUAUGUAUGUAAAAAGAAAUUUCGACUUCACGAUGACGGUACACUUGUAAUGGAAAGUCUCCCGCCACCCAGGUUGUGAGCUGCUGAGUGUUGCGAAAAACGGUUCCCGGAAAACCCAUACUUUGAUUCUUAACAGGAAUUUCAUUUUGACAGUGCUUGGCCAGCUGCAUAAGUUGUUGUUUUUUCAACGCAACUUCCAUGCGAGGGUCUUUUUGCGAUCUAAAACCCUGGCCAAACAAACUCGCAAGCAGAUGCAAGCUGCAACCUUAGGUCUAUUUGCGACUCCGUUUUGUCAGGCCUGGCGUGCACAUGCGUUGACUUGCGCUAACUUUGGUCGGGAUCAAAUUUGCACGCGAGUCGACGCAAGUUUGUCACCGUUUGGCCACCCAACCCAAACCAAUGGAAACUGAGUGGCGACCUUCAUUCGUUGUUAUAGCAACCUAUUAGCCAAUGAAAUACAGCAUUUUGGCCGCGGGGGACUAAUUAAAAAGCCCGUAUCGUUAAUUUUUUUUUUUUGCGACUUGCGUGUACUUGCGAGGAGACUCGCGAGUCCGUUUGGCCAUGCACCCAAGGCAAGUCUCUACGCAAGUUCAACUUGCGCCUUCUUGCGACUACUAGCGAGUCCGUCUGAUCUGCUUGCAGACUGGAAUUUUUGGAGGAGAGGUCCGCUUUUGGUUCAUUAUCGUGUUAUCAGUAGCUGCCCUAAGUAACCAGAUGGAACUUGACUCUCUCUUGUCCCGUUUGAGCUGAACCCCUAUAAAACGGUGGGGCGGGAACGUUCAGGAACUGGACUAGUUUUAAACACGCCGUAUUUAUAAUUGUAAAAUAACAUUAAAUUGUUUCUUACGACUUUUUUUUUGGAUCCCUUGAAAUAAAGUCAUUACUUUUGUCCCGAGAACAUACGUGACCUCUCACUUUAGAGUCCCUGCGAGCCGUGAUGAUGUGAGUUACAGGCUAUGUUGUGCAAAGUAAUAAACCGAGUGGACAAGUGACAAAUAGCUUUUAAAUAACUUUUAAUAUACUAACCUGACAGUCUUUGUGUGAAAAUUAAAAUAUAAAACUGUCACCUAAAAUUUUAUCUCUGUUAGAUUCCCAUCUCUUUUACCGGCUAAGAGGAGGAUGAAGUCCAUACAACGGCCAUGUUGGUCUAAUAUGGCCGCUAUCUUAAAACGAAGUCCAACAUCUCAGGUCUAAUAAAUAACUAAUUUCCUGGUCCCUUGCUGGUCUUUGUCUUUACAUUUAGACAGUCUACUCUCGCCUGGUACUUAAUCUCUCGAUAUUGGAAUCCCAUCUCUUUUACGGGUUGAAAAGAGGAUGAUGUUAAACGACAGCCAUGUAAGUCUAACAUUGCCGCCAUCUUGAAGCAAAGUGUAACGUUUCUGGUUUAAUAACGUUUUCCCUAGUACCUUGUUAGUUUUUGUCUUUACAUCACGACAGUUAACUCUCGCCUGGAACUCUAUCUCUCGAUAUUAGAAUCACAUCUGUUUUACGGGUUGAAAAAAGGAUGAUGUCAAACAACAGCCAUGCAAGUCUAAUAUGGAGGUCAUCUUAAAACGAAGUGUAACGCCUCUGGUCUAAUAACCGUUUUAUGUGGUAGCUUAGUAGUUUUUGGGUGGACAUCAAGAUAUAGAACUUACACCUUAAACUUCAUCUCUCGAUGGUAGAAUCCCAUCUCUUUUGCGAGUUGAAAAGAGGAUGAUGUCAAACAACAGACAUCUAAGUCUAAUAUGAGCGCCAUCUUGAAAGGAAGGGCAACUUUUCUGGUCUAAUAACUUUUCAUGUAGUAUCUUGGUAGUUUUUUUGUCAAUAUCAAAAUAUAAAGGUGUCGCCUAAAUCUUCAUCUCUUGAUGUUAGAAUCCCAUCACUUCAACGGAUGGAAAAGAGUAUGAUGUGCAACAUCGAUCAUGUUAGUCUAAUAUGGCCGCUAUCUUGAAACGAGAUCCAACAUCUCAGCUCUAAUGUCGUUGUUCUUACAACUUUGCUAAUCUUUGUCCCUAUAUCGAGACAGUCUACUUUCCCCCUAAAUUUCAUCUCUGGAUUUAAAAUCCCAUUCCUUGGACGGGUGGCACGGCGGAAAAACCGCUGCUCAUGCGCAGUAGAUUUCGGUUCGUCUUCCCGCCUUUCCAUUUUCAAAAUGGCGGACGACGAAUCAAAAACGAACACGUCAUUGACAUGGCUUUUGGCAACAUCUUGCUCGCUCAAGGCAGUUACAAACAACUCAGCUACUUUGGGCAAUGAUCCAUACUGAUGUUUUGACUGUGACUGAGAGGAUCGUAACGGUGUUGUCAGAUUUCUCAGGCCAUAAAGACAGCUCUUCCGAAAGGAAACUUUCAGCUUUUCCACAUUCACCCGAGGUACCGUUUUUCCUUUUCUUAAGGUCGUGUCAAGUUCUUUAAGGUUUUGAACCGCAAUUUC